CCAGAUUUCAAUCAUUCCGAGAUAUGGACCUCGAAGCGCUCGUCGUGGCCGAGCAGCUCCUGCACUUUAGUCAUCCGCUGAUGACGACGCCGCUUGACGCAACGGCGAACGUCGGCGACUGGGACAAGUGCGAAGCGUCGGCUAUGACCUUCAAACACGAGAUCGUGCGGCCAGCCACACCGCCGUGGGCGGCUGCGAAGGUGACAGGCGGCGUGCUCGCCGACAACGGAGUUCGCACGACGUCGUGCGGCGCUGAACGUCUCAUCUCGACUUGCGUAGAUCAACUCGUGCCUCCACGUGCCCCCAAGGAGCUCUUGCGCCAGCACCAGACACGAUUUCGCCGGGUUCGAAAAAGGUGGCACGUGUGGCAUCUCGACAAGCUCAAGCGCCUUAGCCGCUUCCUCCCAUCGCAGCGACGUCCUCGGCGCCGGAAGCACGCGUUGAAGCCAUCGCCCAAAUCUCCAUAA